AUGAACUCCUCAUCUUCCUGGUUCACCUCCUACGAACGCUCCCUCCUCAAAUCCGACUACGGCACCCAACGCCACCGUCUAACCCGCGACCACUCCAAAUCCCUCGACUCCUGCAACCUCUGCCUCCAACGAGCUCGUGACCCCGUCUGCUGCUCCACCCACGGCGAUAUCUUCUGUCGCGAAUGCGCAAUCUCAAACCUACUCAGCCAGCGAACGGAGAUAAAACGUCUACAAAAGGAAAUCGAAAAGAGACAUGCAGAGGAAGAAGAAGAACGUAUAAGACUUGAAAAGGAGGCUGUCGAAAGAGGUGUCAAGGAGUUUGAGGAGGUGCAGAUGGGACUUGAGAGACGGCGGUUGAAUAAAAGGAAGGCGGAUGAUAUAGUUGAUAAUAACGAUGGUAGCAAUGGUGGUGUUAAUGGUGCUACACAAACUAUCAUUGCUCGAGAAAAUGGAAAAAUCACAAUCGAAGAAACAGACUCCUCCUCCUCCUCUUCAAGAGACCCCAAACGAUCAAAAACAUUCACCCUUGACGAAUCAGAACUCCUUCGAAUCGCCCGUUCCGACAGAGAGCGUCUAAAAACCUCAAUCACCGCCGAGAAAUCCGCUGCAUCGGCCCCAAAACUCCCAUCGUUCUGGAUCCCAUCCUUAACACCCUCAAUGUCUACCUCAGAAAUAGCACCCACAAAACCUCCCAAAUUACAACCCGUAUGUCCGGGUUCAGAUCCAGAAAAACUACAUAAUUACAGCUUAAAAUCAUUGGUUAGCGUCAAAUUCGCAGAAGAGGCAGAAGAAAAGAACAAACACGGCGAGACGGCCAGGAUAUGUCCCAGUUGUAAGAAGGGACUCAGUAAUGAAACCAAAGCAGUUGUCGCAAAACCCUGCGGUCACGUAAUCUGUAAACCCUGCGUCAAGAAAUUCAUCCUCCACUCCGACGACCCCCACUUCCACUUCUCCGGCAAAGAACACAUAAUACAAUGCUCCGUCUGCGAGGCAGACCUCUCCGAGCCCAGUAGCUCCAAAUCCAGUAAGAAGAAAGAUAAGGACAAGGACAGGGAAACCAUAAAACCCGGUCUGGUACAAAUAUCCAGCGACGGGACGGGUUUCACGGCUGGUGGGGGCAAGGUACUAGCAAAGAAGGAAAUGGUAGCCUUCCAGUGUUAA